AUGAUCACUAUGGAUCCUGAAAGGAAAGCCUCACUCUUAGAUGAAUUUGAUUUCAAUUUUUAUCCAGCUAGUAAUCAGGAGCAAAGAACGGACACCGACCUGUCGUUGUUCUCGAACAACGAAUUCCGCAACUUUGAUUCUGAUGAACAAUUGACCAUAUCUCCGCAAGAAACAAGUCUCGAUCCACAACUUACCACCAUAUCAUCGCAAGUUCCGAACAACAGUCUCGAAAAGAGACGCCGAAAUACUCUUGCCUCAGCGCGGUUCCGCAUCAAGAAGAAGCAGAAGGAGAAGGAAAUGGAAGAGAGGUUUGAUCAGAUCCAUCGUCACAUAGAUUCCCUGAAAGUCAAGAUCAAGACCUUGGAAAUGGAAAACAAAUGUUUGAAGGAGUUGUUACUAACUCCUGUCGAUUCCAAGGCACCUUCUCUUUCCGGCACUUCCAAUUAUGCUCUUCUGCAGCUCAUCAAACAACAUUCCGGUGACUCUUUCAAGGUCACGACUAUAUACGAUCCAACUAAUUCAAUGGCUACUUAUUCCACUAAAGUAUUUGAUCACGGUAAUUACGAGUCUUUCAGACCGUCCUACCCUGUCGAAUUUCUCGAGCUGAUCCUGAAAUACCAUCACGGCCCAACCAACCGCCUGCUCGACGUUGGAUGUGGUACGGGACAGGUGAUCUUCCCCUUCUCUCGCUACUUCACGACAUCAAUUGGGGUUGAUCCAAGUGAAGGCAUGAUCUCUAGAUGCAAGGCGAAAAACUCUAGCGACCGGCUUGAAUUUUAUCAAGGGAAAGCAGAGAACUUAAACAUGAUUGCUUCCGCUUCAAUUGACGUCCUCACAGCCGCCGAAUGUGUCCACUGGAUGGAUCCAACCGGCUUUUUGAAUGAGGCCGCUAGAGUGCUAACUCCCAAAGGCACUCUGGCAUUCUGGUUGUACCUCGAGCCAAUAUUCCAAGAUAACGUUUUGAACGAGAUCUAUCACAAGUACGUUAUGGGAGAUCCUACUUUAAUGGCACCUUAUUGGGACGAGGGCAAAAGCAGGUUUUAUGACUGGCUGAAGGAUGCUACGGAGCUCAUUAGUGAAGAUGAUAGGUUUGAAAACGUUGAACUGGUCAAAUUCGACCAGCUACAUUUGCCUGAGGAUAAACGGGAACGGGCGUUGAAAUCCAGAACUUUUGAUGGAAAACCGCUUCUGUUCCUUCAAAAAGACUGCACUCUUGAAGAGUUUCUUGCUUUCAUCAAUACUUACAGUCCUUUGCCAGCGUGGUACAGAGCAAAUGAAGGAGCAAAGGGAACAGAAAGGGAUAUUAUGUUCCGCCUGGAGACGGAGUUAAGAAGUGCUGGAGUAUGGGAGAAAACUCAAACAAUUAAUUGGGAUACGAUGUACUGUUUUGCUAAAAAGAAAUGA